AUGGCCCACGUUGACUACCCAACACUGCUGGUACACUGGCUCUUCAGUUUCUUAGCGGCUGCUAUCAUAGUCGCACGGGUUGUAGGGCGCAAAAUCGUCUGGCGUAAGCUGAACCUGGGCGACUGGCUCAGCAUAGCAGCGGUUGUCUGCAUCAUAAUCCGCCUUAUUAUGAUUCAUUUUGUCUUGACGUUGGGAACGAGCAACGUACCAGCAGAUUAUAGGAGGUCACAUCAGUUUACUCCUCAAGAGAUUGCCGAACGCGAGAUUGGGGGCAAGCUGGCCCUCGCCAACCGUGUCUUUUACAACACCUAUUUGUGGUUGCAAAAGCUUGUCCUCUUGGAUGUCUACCGCAGACUGUACCAGAACCUGCGAUUCGAAAAGAUAGUCGUCACCAGCAUACUGGUGAUAUUCUUUGGCACGUAUGCUGCCUGCCAAAUUACAACCUUUAUCGAGUGUAAACCGAUACAGCUGUACUGGCAAGUGGUGCCAGAUCCUGGCUCUUGCGUCAAGGCACAAUUGCAGCUCAUGGUGGUUGGUGUGACAAACAUCGUGACCGACUUCAUCCUCCUCGUCCUACCGCUGCCAAUUGUCCACCAGAUGCUCUCGGCGACGUUGCAACGCAAGGUUCAGCUCGUUGCCCUCUUCAUGCUGGGAAUCUUUAUCAUCGUCAUCACCGCCGUCCGCCUCCCUAUCAACUACAACAACGCCGAAAGCCAGCUCAGUCGAACCACAUGGGCCAGCACCGAGCUGGUCGUGGCUGCCUUUGUGGUCAACGCCCCGACCAUGUACGGGCUCUGGAACAAGCGGCGACAAGAUAGCAAGAACAGUGCUUCGUCCCACUUCACGGGCUCGGGAAUGUACGGCCUCGGGACGAGCAGGACCCAUCGGAAGCUCCGCGAUGAGGAGAGUAGCGGCAGCGAUUCGUACGAGAUGGACAGCCCUAGGGGGUCUUCGGGGCCUCAGAGUCCCAAGAAUGCCAUCACUCUCACCAGAGAAGUGAUUGUACGGUCGGACACGAUACCACGGGCGGAGCGGGACAAUGAUCGUGCCAUGCAACCUAAUCCACAGGCAGCUUGGGAUAGCAGGAAGUAA